CGGCACUGGUGAUGUCCGAAUUCAAACGAAGCCCGAGCAAAGUGUGGUUUGGCAACGACAUCUCCGAAUGGCGCGAAGCUUCGUCAAGUCCGGGCAGCCAAGAUUCCGGAUUUUCGGAUACAGAAACAUCUCCUCACACCAACAUCAACAACAUAAGAAACGGGGAAACCCCCAAGAAGUCUUCCCCCGCGCAGCGCAUCCCCAAGGACAUCUUCAAGGAGCUUGCAUCGGAAAAGUCGAAGCAGAACCUGGCGUCGAACUUCGUGGAAAAGUCCACACCGGAAAAGUCGACUUUACUAGGCACCAGGUCCGCAAAAACUUCGCCGACGAAGAAGGAGAGAGACAAGAUGGCGCCUAACACGGAGCCAGUUCGAAAGUGUCGCUACACUAAAAAUUCACCGAAAGUAAGCAGAAAUUUAUUCACGUCGUCGAGUUUACGUCGAAAAGAAUGCCAGGCUCAUCAGUAUGCGAAGGCAGUAUUUCACGACGAAGGGACAACCGCUAAAAGUAUCAAUACCAGCGAAGAAGCCACAGUGGCCGACAGCUAUUCCUGGCGAUCCGACGGCACCAUCCACGAAGAAGAAAAUUACUCGACACAGUCUCUUCCUGCGUCUUCGGGAGACACCCCCGGGAGAAGGGAGGCUCCCGGGAACCGUUCUGCCCCCGCGAUCCUUGAGAAGCAACGGGCCCCUAGUUUCGAUAAUUUACUAUCGAGCGAUUGCGAGAGCGAACUCGAAUGUUUGUUCGAGGCUCGUUUGAACUCGCCUCCCAAGCACACCUCCACCCCUAAGGUUGAAGCGGACGAAACCUCGACGAAGAUGUGCCAAAGGAGGGAGAAGCUACCGCUGAGGCUGUUCCUCAGGUACCAGCACGAUAGGGUUCCUCCGAUUCCCACAAUCGACUCAUCGGACGUUGACAAUGCGGCCGUAGAGAAAUGGAUGAAAGAAGCGAGACAGACGUACGAACAGGAAUGCAUGACGACCCUACAGUGCAAGUCUAUAGCAGCGGAACUCAACCAGAAAGUCGCUCAUCUCGCCACCUCUUUCACAGCCUCAAUCAGGGCUCUCAUCUCCCACUCCAGGUGCAUCGAGAUGGAAUACCAGAAUCUCAAUAACGGUGAAGUGAAGCACCUGAAGCCCCAGGUCCAAAGCUUGAUCGGCAACGUCGUGGACUUCUUGAAGACGCGGACUUCCCGCCUAACCCCCCAGGUGGUCUCCCUUUGCGACGCUAUCCGCACUUCACGGGCGGACGAAUCAUCCAUCCUAGAGCUUAUCUCAAACCUAGUGGCGCAGUGGCAGAACGCCCGUCAGGAAGUUCUCGCAGAGGAAGUUGAGCAGCUCGUAUCGAAACUGGAGCACCCUUCGUCGGAGCUCGACCUACGCGCCACCGUCACCGGUAUCACCUGCGUCGCGCUCAGGAACGAGGAGGUCGUCGAGUUGUUCACCAGGUCGGAUAUCAUCCCCAUUCUGCUGAUCCUGUGCGAAAAGUGCGAGGGAUCGUCGCUGCGGACGCUCGUCCUGAGGGCGCUUUCCACGAUGUGCUGCAACGGGUCAGCAGUACGCCAGUUCGAGAAAUUCUCUGGCUUGCAGACCGUCGCCGACACGCUGGAGGAGGCUUCCACCCCGGAACCGGAAAGAUCCGAGGCGAUCGCACUGCUCGCGCAGGUUACGGCGCCCUGGCUCGAUUAUAACCACUCCGUUAAAGGUCUCCAACAGUUCUCUCGCAAACUGGUGAAAUCUCUCACAAAGUUCGCCGGUAGUACGAGAUGCUGCCAGAACCUGCUGUUGUGCGCAGCCGCGUUGGCCAACCUGAGCACUAUGGACCCGAAGGCCAUGAAGCAUAUUCUCCGCCACGACACGGCCUCCGUUCUCCUGGCGGCCGUCAAAGCCAGAGGACCUCUUGCGUCCAUCUACCUCCUGGAGCAAGUAGCCACUUUAGUGGCGAACGUGUCCGCCUCGGAGGACGGCAGGAGGCGGCUGACGGAAGUCGGCGCCGUGAAAGUACUGCUGCGCUUCCUAGUGCUGCGGGGAAGCAAGUUCGUUGGCGAUGAAGCCGUGAAGCGGCUGCAGCAGAAAAGUAUCAUUGCAUUGUCAAGGUUGGGCGGAGAUGGAGAGGCAGCGAAGCAGAUCGUUGAAGAAAAGGGAAUCGACCUCCUGGUGAAGAUGUGUCGCGAGAAGGAGGAACGCUACGACAGCGAUGCCGUUUUGGUCGCGGCUCUGGGUGUCCUUAGAAAAGGACAAUCGGCUUAUAGGUAG